AUGCACAAUUCCCUCCGGAACACCAGGAACAUCUCCUACACAGGAUGUGCUUCUCAGCUAUUUAUAUUUCUGUUCUUCAUCUCAGCAGAGUUUUCCCUCCUGACUGUCAUGUGCUACGACCGCUACAUGUCCAUCUGCAAACCCCUGCACCACGGGACCCUCCUGGGCAGUAGAGCUUGUGCCCACAUGGCAGCAGCUGCCUGGGCCAGUGCCUUUCUCCAUGCUCUCAUGCACACGGCCAAUACAUUUUCCCUGCCCUUGUGCCAUGGCAAUGCCCUGGGCCAGUUCUUCUGUGAAAUCCCCCCAAUCCUCAAGCUAUCCUGCUCCAAAUCCUACCUCAGGGAACUUGGGCUUCUGGCUGUUAGUGCCUUUUUGGUAUUUGGCUGUUUUGUGUUCAUUGUUUUCUCCUUUGUGCAGAUCUUCAGGGUUGUGCUGAGGAUCCCCUCAGAGCAGGGACAGCACAAAGCCUUUUCCACCUGCCUCCCUCACCUGGCCGUGGUCUCCCUCUUUGUAAGCACUGCAUUGCUUGCCUACCUGAAACCCCCCUCCAUGUCCUCCCCAUCCCUGGAUCUGGCCCUGUCAGUUCUGUACUCGGUGGUGCCUCCAGCCCUGAACUCCCUCAUCUACAGCCUGAGGAACCAGGAGCUCAAGACUGUGGUUUGGAGACUGAUCACUGGAUGCUUUCAGGGACAAUAA